AUGUCCCCCAACCCCCACAGUUAUGUUCGCAGUGCAAAAAUAGACCUACAUAUGACAUUUGAUCAAAAUCGACCAUCAUUUAAUUUCGACCAAUCCGAGGCCGUAGCGGCCUAUGCCGUUGAAUUCGAGGGACGUCUUUCACCUCGGGACAUGGCGAAAGAGGUCACUGAUUUAAGGCGAUUUUCUGGCAGUGUCGAAAUUGGUCCUAGGGAAAAGCUUCGUUUCAGUCUGGAACAAAUCCGACGAUUGUUUGAAAAGACUUUAACAGCUAUUGAAACAGGCAUCGAGAGGAUCCUGCAUGCUCAUCGGUUAAAAGGAGCUGAAUACAUAUUGCUGGUUGGCAAAUUCUCGGAGUGUAAACUUGUGCAAAGCGCCAUCAGGAAAAGGUUCCCUCAGAAGAAAGUUAUCGUGCCAUGUCAACUAAGCUUGGCUGUUGUUGAAGGGGCAGCUCUCUUCAUUUUCAUUUCAAAGACAAUGAAAAGCGAAGCGCGAUGUACUUAUGGUGUUCAACACUGGCCAAAGUUUGACAAAACUCGACAUCCGUUAGACAAGCUGGUGGUGAUUGACGGGGUCAUUCGAUGCAAAGAUGUUUUUUUCAAAUACAUCGAAAGGGGUGAACAGAUUCCUGAAAACCGAAGGAUAUCACAUGUGUGUACACUGUUUACCUCCAGCUCCGGCACAGUAGAGUGUACAGUGUACGCCUCGUGUCAACCCGAACCUAAGUUUACCGACGACGAGGACUGUGCCUCCCUGGGAGUGAUGCAGACAUCCUUCACUUUCGACAGGAAGAAGGCGAUGAUGGAGAUAGAACAAACCCUUAUCUUCGGUAGGACAUGCAUCACUUUACAGGCAAUAAACAUGGAGACUGGACAGGUCUGUGAAACACAGAUGGAAUAUAUGUAAAUGCAAUAGGAGGUUGAGUUCACGAAAGGAGGUGACCGGUCUCGACCCAAACGCAAUUGUGUACAUAAUAUAUUUUCUGACAGAAGACGCCUUAUCCCCCUGUCUGUCGUUUUGUGUCCGUGUUGAUGCAACUAGUGAACGUCUCUCUGCAUUUGCUUGUCGAAUGUACAAGAAAUGUUUUCCGUGACAAGGAAGCUUAAACAUUUGAAAAUAUCAUAUUUACUGAUGUAGGUCAUAGGUCCAACGACACAGAAAACUGUUGAUAUAGCCGCGUACGUAGUAUGGAUGUUAUAUCAUGACGAUAUUUGCAUUCUGUUCAGGUCCGUAUUUAUAUGUGUGUAUUCUUCAUAAACAAUUUCUUCCUCUCAUGUAAAGCGCUUUAACAUUAAGGGGGUCAAAUCUUCGCGGUUUCGAUCUGUAAGCAAAUAAAUGGGAUUUUAAUUUAAUGACAGGUCAUCAAAAGCUAGGUAUAACUGAUUUUCUAACAGAAACAUUUCUGUUGUUUGUGCUUGAAAACUUUCCCCAUACCGCCAAUAAAGUGGAAAUAUUAAUCCCGAAAUAUAAGCGUUAUACAGUAUUCAAGUGGCAGACAGGACAAACGUAAUACCGUGCAAUUAUCAGUUGUAAAUAUUAUUUCGGUAGUUGUUGUGCUAGUGUUCACUCUGUUUUAUUGGUUAUUAAAAUAACAAGCAUUUGCACGAAUCAUCAAACAGUUUCUUAAGAUGUUUAUAUAAGUUCAUAUCCUAAAAUAAACGAUUGACUCUUUUUCUACUGUGUCUGUAUUAAAAAAAUGAUAUACUGCAAAAACCACAUAUCGCUUAGGUGUCUGACAAUAUUUCCGAAUAAUUUCGUAGAAUGAUUUGUGUUAUAUAUCAAGAUAUUCUAAAAGGAUAAUAAUAAAACAAACAAACUUUAUGUUUGGGUUUUUUGUAAGUCAAGAUAAAGGUAUGAAAAUAUUUUCGGAUUAUUAUUUUAAAACGUAUCCUCUAAC